CGUGGCGCUGAGCGAAACUGGUGUACGCUACUUUUUUAUUUGUCGGUCGUUUCAGCUACAGAGUCCUUUCAACUUCAAACACGCUUUCCUAUUUCAUCUCUGCAUGCUCGAGCAGUUUCUUUGUGGAUUUCUUUAGAAGUUAACGAAAGAAAUUAUAAUCUCUUAUCGAUUUUCCUUCCGAGACCUUCACAAUCUUGAUCUUCAGAUUGAGAAGAAACUGGUGUUCCUUUCGAUUUUCGAGAGCCGACCUCCAGGAUGGUUCAGAUUAAAGAGUUUCGGAUCGUCAUGCCUGUGUCAGUAGAUGAGUAUCGGAUAGCUCAGACGUACAUGGUCAUGAAAAUGCAGCAGCAAGAUACUACAGGUAAUGAAGGGGUAGAGAUCUUAGAGAACAAGUCGUUCGAAGAUGACGUUUUUGGAAAGGGUCAAUAUACAUCGAAACUUUAUCGCUUGCAAAGCAAAGUUCCUACAUGGUUGAGUGCUAUAGUUCCAGCAGAUGCUCUCCUCUUGCAAGAGGGUGCUUGGGAUGCAUACCCAAGAUGCAAGACAGUGAUCAAGUGCCCCUAUUAUCCCAAGUUUCUUUUAACCAUUGAAACCAUUCACAUGGCUGACAAUGGAAACUCAGAAAAUGUACAUGGCUUAAGCAAGGAGCUGCUGAAGGCCAGGAAAGUGGAAACUAUUGAUAUAGCUUCAACUGCAAGGGACUAUUGGAGUAAUUUUGUUGGUCCCAGCAAUAUUAACCUCUCCGAGUUCAGAUCAAGUAGGACAGCUCGUGGACCACUUUCCGAGGGGUGGCAGGACAGGUGUGAUCCAGUGAUGACAGCAUACAAAUUGGUAACAAUAGAUGUUCCAUUCUUGGGCUUUAAAAGUCGACUGGAGCAUGCUGUGCUUUCGGGUGAAAGAGCACUCUUCCUGGAAAGCCAUAAGAAUUGUUUUGCUUGGAUUGAUGAAUGGUUUGGGAUGACGAUGGAACAGAUUCAGGAGCUUGAACGGCAAAAUGGUUCCUCAUUAAAUAAGGAAAUUAUCAGAUCAAGUUCAAAGGCUGUUGAGGAAGACCUUGAUGCCACAGAUUCAAGCGAUAGCAGUGAUUUGUCUGAAGAGUCAAAUGUGAAAAGAGCCUAGAUGAUGAUAGAAAAUUUACAGCCUGAGGAUGAGAAUCGGGGGUCGCGGUAGCUCAAUUUAUUGUCUUGAAAUAUGUAUAAAAUCCUCUGUUCAUUGGGGUAGCAAUGUUUUUUGUAUUGUUACCCAAUGUCCUAAUAUGUACAGUAUAUUUGCAUUUCUUCUUCUCACUUUCUAAAAUUUCAAUUCUGUAGAAGUACAUAGAUGUUUAACUAACA